GUCCGAAGGCGAAGCCUGGGGCUGCAUUGGGCGUGGGUCGGCCGCAAUCCAGCCCGGGCGGAGCCGGAGCUGCGAGCCGCUGCCUAGAGGCCGAGGAGCUCACAGCUAUGGGCUGGAGGCCCCGGAGAGCUCGGGGGACCCGGUUGCUGCUGCUGCUACUACUGCUGCUGGUCUGGCCAGUGCCGAGCGCCGGGGUGCUUCAAGGACAUAUCCCUGGGCAGCCAGUCACCCCCCACUGGGUCCUGGAUGGACGACCCUGGCACGCCGUCAGCCUGGAGGAGCCGGUCUCGAAGCCAGACGUGGGGCUGGUGGCCCUGGAGGCUGAAGGCCAGGAGCUCCUGCUUGAGCUGGAGAAGAACCACAGGCUGCUGGCCCCAGGAUACAUAGAAACUCACUACGGCCCAGAUGGGCAGCCAGUGGUGCUGGCCCCCAACCACACGGAUCAUUGCCACUACCAAGGGCGAGUAAGGGGCUUCCCCGACUCCUGGGUAGUCCUCUGCACCUGCUCUGGGAUGAGUGGCCUGAUCACCCUCAGCAGCAAUGCCAGCUAUUAUCUGCGUCCCUGGCCACCCCAGGGCUCCAAGGACUUCUCAACCCACAAGAUCUUCCGGAUGCAGCAGCUGCUCACCUGGAAAGGAGCCUGUGGCCACAGGGAUCCUGGGGACAAAGCGGGCAUGACCAGCCUUCCUGGUGCUCCCCAGAGCAGGGACAGGCGAGAAGCGCGCAGGACCCGGAAGUACCUGGAACUGUACAUUGUGGCAGACCACGCCCUGUUCUUGACUCGGCACCGAAACUUGAACUACACCAAACAGCGUCUCCUGGAAGUCGCCAACUACGUGGACCAGCUUCUCAGGACUCUGGACAUUCAGGUGGUGCUGACCGGCCUGGAAGUGUGGACCGAGCGGGACCGCAGCCGUGUCACGCAGGACGCCAACGCCACGCUCUGGGCCUUCCUGCAGUGGCGCCGGGGACUGUGGGCGCAGCGGCCCCACGACUCCGCGCAGCUGCUCACGGGCCGCGCCUUCCAGGGCGCCACGGUGGGCCUGGCGCCCGUCGAGGGCAUGUGCCGCGCCGAGAGCUCGGGAGGCGUGAGCACGGUGAGCCCCGCGGGCGGGAGCGAGGGGAGAGACAGGAGACUCUACGGCCGCAGUGACCGCCCCCCCCGACCCCCUAGGACCACUCGGAGCUCCCCAUUGGCGCCGCAGCCACCAUGGCCCAUGAGAUUGGCCACAGCCUCGGACUCAGCCACGACCCCGACGGCUGCUGCGUGGAGGCUGCGGCCGAGUCCGGAGGCUGCGUCAUGGCUGCGGCCACCGGGCACCCGUUUCCGCGCGUGUUCAGCGCCUGCAGCCGCCGCCAGCUGCGCGCCUUCUUCCGCAAGGGGGGCGGCGCGUGCCUAUCCAAUGCCCCGGACCCCGGACUCCCGGUGCCUCCGGCGCUCUGCGGGAACGGCUUCGUGGAGGCGGGCGAGGAGUGUGACUGCGGCUCUGGCCAGGUUAAGUCGGCUCGCUCGGCCCCCACUCGCCCUCUCCGCCCAGGUCUGGGGCGCUGCGCCGUCACCUGGUCCCUUCUUGCCUUUCUGGUCUCAGGAGUGCCGCGACCUCUGCUGCUUUGCUCACAACUGCUCGCUGCGCCCGGGGGCCCAGUGCGCCCACGGGGACUGCUGCACGCACUGCCUGCUGAAGCCGGCUGGAGCGCUGUGCCGCCAGGCUAUGGGUGACUGUGACCUCCCUGAGUUCUGCACGGGCACCUCCUCCCACUGUCCCCAGGACGUUUACCUACUGGAUGGCUCACCCUGUGCCAGGGGCAGUGGCUACUGCUGGGAUGGCGCAUGUCCCACGCUGGAGCAGCAGUGCCAGCAGCUCUGGGGGCCUGGCUCCCAUCCAGCUCCCGAGGCCUGUUUCCAGGUGGUGAACUCUGCGGGAGAUGCCCAUGGAAACUGCGGCCAGGACAGCGAGGGCCACUUCCUGCCCUGUGCAGGGAGGGAUGCCCUGUGUGGGAAGCUGCAGUGCCAGGGCGGAAAGCCCAGCCUGCUUGCACCACACAUGGUGCCAGUGGACUCCAUCGUUCACCUAGAUGGUCAUGAAGUGACCUGUCGGGGAGCCUUGGCACUCCCCAGUGCCCAGCUGGACCUGCAUGGCCUGGGCUUGGUAGAGCCAGGCACCCAGUGUGGACCUAGAAUGGUGUGCCAGAGCAGGCGCUGCAGGAAGACUGCCUUCCAGGAGUUUCAGCGCUGCCUGACUGCCUGCCACAGCCACGGGGUUUGCAAUAGCAACCAUAACUGCCACUGUGCUCCAGGCUGGGCUCCACCCUUCUGUGACAAGCCAGGCUUUGGUGGCAGCAUGGACAGUGGCCCUGUGCAGGCUGAAAACCAUGACACCUUCCUGCUGGCCAUGCUCCUCAGCGUCCUGCUGCCUCUGCUCCCAGGGGCCGGCCUGGCCUGGUGUUGCUACCGACUCCCAGGAGCCCAUCUGCAGCGAUGCAGCUGGGGCUGCAGGAGGGACCCUGCGUGCAGUGGGCCCAAAGAUGGCCCACACAGGGACCACCCCCUGGGUGGCGAUCACCCCAUGGAGUUGGGCCCCACAGCCACUGGACAGCCCUGGCCCCUGGACCCUGAGAACUCUCAUGAGCCCAGCAGCCACCCUGAGAAGCCUCUGCCGGCAGUCUCACCUGACCCCCAAGCAGAUCAAGUCCAGAUGCCAAGAUCCUGCCUCUGGUGAGAGGUAGCUCCUGAAAUGAACAGAUUUAAAGACAGGUGGCCACUGACAGCCACUCCAGGAACUUGAACUCCAGGGGCAGAGCCAGUGAAUCACCGGACCUCCAGCACCUUCAGGCAGCUUGGAAGUUUCUUCCCCGAGUGGAGCUCCGACCCACCCACUCCAGGAACCCAGAGCCACAUUAGAAGCUCCUGAGGGCUGGGGGACACUGCUGGGCACACUCUCCAGCUCAAUAAACCAUCAGUCCCAGAAGCAAACGUCACACAGCCCCUGACCUCCCUCACCAGUGGAGGCUGGGUAGUGCUGGCCACCCCAGAAGGGCUCUGUCCUGGGAGCCUGGUGUGUCUCCUACAUGCAAUUUCCACAGACCCAGCUCUGUGGAGGGCAUGACUGCUGGCCAGAAGCUAGAGGUCCUGGGGCCCUAUGGUUCGACUGGGUCCACACUCCCCUGGAGCCUGGCCUCUGCAAACAAACAUAAUUUUGGGGACCUUCCUUCCUGUUUCUUCCCACAUGUCUUCUCCCCUAGGUGGUUCCUGAGCCCCUACCGCCAAUCCCAGUGCUGCACCUGAGGUUCUGGAGCUCAGAAUCUGACAGCCUCUCCCCAUUCUGUGUGUGGGAGGGGACAGAGGGAACCAUUUAAGAUACCAAAGUAGAAGUCAAAAGAAAGACAUGUUGGCUAUAGGCGUGGUGGCUCAUGCCUAUAGUUCCAGCACUUUGGGAAGCCAGGCUAGGAGAAUCACUAGAGGCCAGGAGGUCCACACCAGCCUGGGCAACAUAGCAAGACCCCGUAUCUACAAAAAAGUUUUAAAAUUAGCUGGGCAUGGUGGUGUGUGCCUGUAGGCCUAGCUGCUCAGGAGGCUGAAGCAGGAGGAUCACGUGAGCCUGAGUUCAACACUGCAGUGAGCUAUGAUGGCACCACUGCACCCCAGCCUGGGUGACGGAGCAAGACCCUGUCUCUAAAAUAAAUUUUAAAAAGACAUAUUACACUUGGA